CCGCGGGGAACCUGGGGAGCCGCAUGGCUGCCGGGUGUUCGGAGGCUCCGCGGCCGAGGGCGGCCUCCGAGGGGCCGGGCGUGGGAGCGGCCGGCGUGCUGCCUUGCCUGGAGCUGCCGACGUACGCUGCUGCCUGCGCACUCGUACACAGCCGCUACUCCUGCCUGGUGGUGGGGCCGCACCGCAGGCACAUCGCGCUGUCGCCACGCUACCUUAACAGGAAACGCACCGGGAUCCGCGAGCAGCUCGAUGCGGAGCUCCUGCGCUAUUCUGAAAGCCUAUUAGGUGUUCCCAUUGCAUAUGAUAACAUCAAAGUAGUGGGUGAACUGGGAGAUAUUUAUGAUGAUCAAGGACAUAUUCAUCUUAACAUUGAAGCAGAUUUCGUUAUUUUCUCCCCGGAACCAGGGCAAAAGCUUGUGGGUACAGUUAAUAAAAUGUCUUCCAGCCACAUUGGCUGUUUAGUACACGGGUGUUUUAAUGCCUCCAUCCCUAAACCUGAGCAGAUGCCAAUUGAGCAGUGGCAGACCCUGGAGAUAAACGUGGGUGAUGAACUAGAAUUUGAAGUAUUUCGUUUAGACUCGGAUGCUGCUGGAGUAUUCUGCAUUCGAGGGAAACUAAAUAUCACUAGUUUACAAACCAAGUGCUCUGGAGUUUCUGAAGAAGUAACAGAAACUGGCACCAAAGAAGCUGUUGAAAAACCUCCAAAGAAGAAGAAGAAAAAGAAGAAAGACUCAGAGCCGUAUGAUGAAGUGGAAGGUGGCAUCACAGACCUAGCAGAUUGUGCAGACGUCACCAUGAAGGAAGAGACAGACCCGCAGAUUAAUAAUAAUGUGAACGGCCUCUGGGAGGACGAGCCAAAGAAGAAGAAGAAGAAGAAGCAGCAGCAGCAGCAGGAAGCUCAGGAAGCUAAGGACCCGGACCCUAUUGUCCAAGACAGUAACUCCAGUGGUUACCAAAGUGACCAUAAAAAGAAAAAAAAGAAAAGAAAGCACAGUGAGGAGGCUGACUUUACCCCACUCUUGGAACACUCACCUAAAAAGAAAAGGAAAAAGUAAUUUUCUUUAGUGUAAAUACGACUCAGUUUUUAAAAGAUUGUUUUAUACACAGUGGAUGAAUAAAUGUUUGAAUGAUAUGAAAAUGCUUGUGUGUUCCAGUAGUUUUCAAAACAGGAAACAUUUGUUUAGGAGUUAGGUUUUUGGUGCCAAAAUUGCAAAACUGAUAAUUAAUUUGGGAAAUGCCAAUAAUUAUGAAAGUACCAUUUUACAGUAUACAGAAUGAAAAGAAUUUACUCAGUAAAAUCCUCUAGCCGAGGGGCAGCCUGAUGGCUCAGUUGGUUAGAGCGCAAGCUCUUAACAAGGUUGACGGUUCAAGUCCCGCAUGGGAUGGUUGGGCUGUGCCCCCCGCAACUAGAAU